CCGCCCCGCGCGGGGGUUUGAAGCUCCGUUCCCGCCAUCUGCAGCUUUCACGGGCUGGCAGAGGCCUCCGGCCGGCCGACGUGCAUCACCUGAGCUACCUUACUGAAUGCCGGACUGUUCGAGAUCCUAGUUCAGACGCUGACGCGGUGAAGCGUGUUUUGCAUAAAAGGACAAAACAGGAGUGCAGCACUCGGCAUCGGAUUUCAGGGGCUCCGGAUACCCUGACGACCAAUUCAUCCCACGAGAGCAGCAGCUUGUUUGCGAACGCUCUCGCCUGGUUGGAUGUGAGGGACGGUAGUAUACCGGUGACCCAGAGGGAGCAGAAGGGGUUCUGGGUCUCCCCAGAGAGGAAGAAUUCAGGAAAAGCCAAGGGAUGCUUUCAGGGUGGGAGCAGCUGGAGUAAGAGGGCUUCCGAAGUAGUCUUGAAGCUCGGAGUGGCCAUUGCCUUCCAUUUGCACCCCCUGCUCGAAUAGUUCAAGCCCCAGUUGUUCUCUGCUGCUCCAGCUGUCACACAUUUCCAGCUGUGAGAACAAUGCGGGGGCAUAGUAGAUGGGAAUAUGUCAUUUGCUAAUGAGAUUCUGUCACUGCAAAGGUUUCUGCUACAACUGAAGACAAAGACAUUGCCUAGUAGUCGUUGAUAGAGAGGUUUCUGAGGCUGGAUUUAGCCUCUCCCUGCUUCCGAACCAACGAUGAGGAAGUGGGAAGCAACGCUGAAGCAGAUUGAAGAGCGAGCGUCUCACUACGAGAGGAAGCCGUUGUCCUCUGUGUAUCGACCAAGAUUGUCCAAGCCAGAAGAGCCAUCCUCCGUUUGGAAGCUCUUUCAUCGUCAGAAUCAAGCUUUUAAUUUUGUUAAAAGCUGUAAAGAGAAUGUUCACGUAUUUGCUUUGGAGUGCAAAGCAGGAGAUGGACAACGUAUUUACCUUGUAACGUCCUAUGCUCAACUUUGGUUUUACUAUAAGUCCCGAAAGACCCUCUUGCAUUGCUACGAAGUUAUUCCCGAGAAUGCUGUGUGCAAGCUUUAUUUUGAUUUGGAAUUUAACAAAUUGGCCAAUCCGGAAGCUGAUGGGAAAAAGAUGGUUGCAUUACUCAUAGAGCAUGUUUGUAAAGCACUUGAGGAGUUAUACAGUGUUCACUGCUCAGCUGAAGAUGUGUUCAACUUGGAUUCCAGCACUGAAGAAAAAUUUAGCCGACAUCUAAUAUUUCAGCUCCAUGAUGUGGCAUUUAAAGAUAACAUUCAUGUUGGUAAUUUUGUGAGAAGAAUUUUGCAACCUGCUCUUCACUUAAUUACCAAGGAAGAUGAAGAUAAGAUUCCAGAGGCAGCGGGCCAUGAAGCUUCCUGUUUUUCAGAUGUACCACUAAAACAAGAGAUUUCAGAGGCCUGGGAGCAGCACAGCCCUGAUCUUUCGUUUUUAGUUGUGAAGAAUAACAUGGGGGAAAAGUGUCUUUUUGUAGAUUUAGGAGUUUAUACAAGAAACAGAAACUUUCGACUGUAUCAAUCAUCCAAGAUAGGAAAAUGUGUGGCUUUGGAGGUUGCUGAAGAUAAUAGAUUUAUUCCAGAACAGUCGAAGGACAUUUCUGAGGAAAACCAGUAUUUCCUGUCAUCCCUGGUGAGCAAUGUCAGGUUCUCAGACACGUUACGGAUUCUCACAUGUGACACGCCUCAGCCUAAAAGAAAGCGGGCUGAGUAUUUUAACAGCACCGGCACGUCAGUCGAGUCCAUUGAAGGUUUUCAGUGCUCCCCGUAUCCUGAAGUUGACCAGUUUGUUCUUUCUUUGGUGAAUAAACACGACGUCAAAGGAGGAAUUCGGCGUUGGAGCUACUUUUUCCCAGAAGAAUUACUCGUUUAUGAUAUUUGCAAAUACCGCUGGUGUGAAAACAUUGGAAGAGCUCACAAAAGUAAUAAUAUUAUGAUUCUGGUUGACCUGAAAAAUGAAGUUUGGUAUCAAAAAUGCCAUGACCCUGUAUGUAAAGCACAAAACUUCAAAUCUAACUGUUUCCCAUUACCCACUGAAGUAAGUCUCCUGUUUCUUCUGAAAGAGGAGGAGUUCACUUCUGAUGAAGCAGAUGAAACCAGCAACUCACUGACCAAGAAUUCUCAAAACCCACCAUCCAGUAACCUGUCACCCGGCCAGUUUUCUGAUGCUGACUGGGAUGACAAAGAUGAUGUCUGCUUCCUGGAAGCUACAGAAGAUGUUGAAUUUGCUGAUGCUGCAGACAAGAGUCUUCUGGGUUACAAGAGUGCGAUGGACGAUAUUCCCGAUGAACUAAUUGUAGAAGCAUUACAGAGUAGCUAACUAUGCAUAGAACUUACCUAACGAGGGUACAGUUUGCCUGAAGCCUGAGAGUUGAUGACAUAAGUGUUAAAUUAGGGCGGGGCUAUAGCUCAAGGGUAGAAGGCCCUGCAUUUAAUCCCCAACACUAAAAAAAUCAAAUUAUAUUAGCUUAUGACUAAACCUGUUUAUAGCAACUGUUGUAUCACUUGAUUUUCUAAUAAUUUGCUUUUUACCUGAGCCAGUUUUAUUGAAGAUUAGCUUUGACAUACUUCAGUAACUGCUCCUAAUCAAAAUUAUUCCAUGCUUGCAUUGACAUCAUUAAAAAGCUUAUUAUAGGUUAAAACUCUAUGCCUCAUGAUGACUAACAUGUCAAGAGACUGAAAUUUAUUAACAAUAAUCAGAACUAUAACUAUGGCUUCUGAAACCGUUAGACAGUUGAACUGGUGUAAUUUAGUUUGGAUGACAAAUGGUAAUAAAUUCUGAUGAGUAGGCACACUUAUUAUCAGAACGGAAGUUUGGUUAUCAAGAGUGCAGUUUCAAGAGAUG